CUGCUCGAGCGCCUGUCGUUCAUGGACUAUCAAAACAUGUACUCGUCUUUUGGCGACGAGUCUCCGGCUCAGAAUCCUUCGGAUAACCCGGCCAGCUCGACUCCCAAUUUCAUGCAAUUUGUCCUGUCGUCGUUUCCAAAUCUCGCUCAUCCUGGUCCCGCUCACCAGCCAAACUCUUCCGCGGCGACUGCUCAAAGACCGUUCCUAACCCCUGUGCACCAACCUUCUCCGACUGCGUCCAAUGAACGUUCUACUACCACUUGGACCGAAGCAGAAUGGCAGAAAGUAUACAGACUGCUGUAUUCAUUCAUUGUANGCAACACACCUGAUGGCGUUGCCGAACUACGUGCGCGAUGGGAGGCCGACUUGAGCCGUACCGAAUUGCCUCCUCCUCCACCUGAGGUGCAUGCUACUAAGCAGGAAGGCAUAGAUGUCAGAGAACAAUCUCACUGUAUUUCCACGACAGACGAUUCUAACGAUUUGACAGNNGCUGUAAAAAACUUCGCCAAAGACCACGGUUAUGUCCUGGUCAUUGGCCAUUCAUACAAGGACAAGUUGACUGACUUGCGCUCCCAGAACGGCGAAACAAACAAGGUCUUGUUGACCUGUGAGAUGGGCGGAUAUUUUCGCGAUCAUUUCAAANAGAAUCCAGGAACCAGAGUGCGCAACCGCAUGAGCCGAAAGACUGGGUGCCCAAUGAAGAUUCUCAUCUCCAAGCGACGCUUUUCUGACGAAUGGGUAACGGUCAUCAAGGAUCACAAGCACAACCAUGGUGCGUACCGGGCCAAGGUCACACUCACUGCUUCUAAAAUGCCCGAGCUGGAGGACGCUUUGCAUGAAUGGCACAUGGCCGAGAUUGCAAGGGGCGAGGCUGUGCACGGCAACACACUCAAAGCCAGAGCACUGGCAAUGUAUGCCGAGAUGCCACAAUACCGCGGCAAGUCUCCUCCAAACCUUGACAGAGACUGGCUCGAUCAAUACCGUAUGCGCUACAAUCUGCCCGGUAAGGUAACAAGGCCACCGAUACCAGGCAUUGUUCGAGGUCCCAACAACCCUGAGCCUACACCAAUCAAUGUCGAAGAGCAGAUUCCUCUGGAGCCACCAGCAUUUGCAGACUUGGAAGGAAUAUUUCCACUGGAGCAGAACCUCUUCUGGCCUACCAAGCAAUUUGUUCAGGAGUACAUGUCCCGCUACGACGCCUCGCACGACUUCAAGCACGUCACACGAGUCUUUGCCCUAUCGAGACGCAUCCUGGAACAGGAGACCCAGUCAUUCCAGGGAGUUUCGUACGAUCCACAAGCUGUUCUUCUUGCGGCCAUGCUGCAUGAUGUUGGUGAUCACAAAUACCACAAACCAGGAGAAAAUCCAGAGAAUCAGAUUGCAGAGCACCUCCUGGAACACGGAGCCAGCCCAGAUCUUGCAAUGAAAGUCCAACUUAUUGCUAAGAACGUGUCCUUCUCCAACGAGGUCAAGAACCCGCGCAUGAUGAAGGCGGUGCUAGACCAACAUCCGGAGCUGGCCAUCGUACAGGAUGCCGACAGACUGGAUGCGAUAGGUGCAGUCGGUAUUGGUAGAUGCUUCGCUUUCGGCGCAGUCAAGCAAUCAGACAGGGGAUUGGAUGGAAGCAUAGAGCACUUUGUCGAAAAGCUCGAGAGGCUAGAAAACAUGAUGAAGACUCACUCUGGACGCGAACUGGCUAGAGAAAGGACACAGCGGCUACAGAUCUUCAGACAAUGGUGGGACGAAGAGACAUCGAUGCAGAUUUGA